AGUAAAUCACUUCAGCUAUUGUAUUCAUAGCAACAGUAGUUAGGUAGUUGAUUUUGUUUGUUAAUCCAGAUAAACUGCAUAACUUCCUACCAGGUGCAAACAAAGAGCUCCCUCCCAAACAAUUCCACUGAAUAGGUUGAUUCAUUGUGUAGAAACAUUGCCAUACUACAGUAAGAAGAUAUGAAGAGAAGAAAACCAGAACAAAUGUUUUACUGGCUCUUGGAUAUAUGGAUCUCAAGCUUGACUGUUGUUAAGAGGGCAACAAAAACAGAAGAAACCUUCAAGUAAAACUUCAUGCUCAAAGAACUUUUUUAAUUUAGAAAAUGAGUACUCCAGUAACACAGCUUCCACCAAUCAGUUCCACCAGCCUGUUUACGAAUCCAUAUGCUGUUGAAGUACUAAAGAUGAAAAAACAAGAGCUCAUUGAAGGGAUCCAGGAUCCAGACAUCCUCAUAAAGUGUCUCAUAGAUAAUGGCAUCAUGUCUUCAGACAAAAAAAUGGCUUUGUCUUAUUACAGAACAAAGACAGAAAAGACUUCCAGGCUGCUAGACAUUCUGUUGUCAAAAGGUGAGAGAGCUUGUCGUCUUUUUUUCUUUCCUUGCCUGAAACAAAUAGAACCUAGCUUGUACAACAGCGUGAAAAAUUAUGUAAGCACUGUGAGUGAUUCUGUUGGAGAAGGAAGGAGGCAGCUAGUGGGCUAUUUGCUUGAAAGGGAUAAAGAUGUCCCUAAAACCAUUGGAAAGGUUAGACCUCACAAAACUCAGCAAAGAGAGAGUCUACCAAGGAAAGUGAAGGCUGUAGAGGAAAGGCUCAGUUACUCAGAAAAAGAAAAGAAAGUUGUUCCGCAACAAAUAUCCAAAGAGGUUAAAAAAACUGAUUCAUCCUCUAUGACUGCUUUUGAUGCUGUUGCAAAAGGAGAUCUCUCCCUUCUGCAGAAUAUUUUGAGAGAUACUGAUAUUAAUGCAGUAAAUCCAUCUGGUGAAACUCUUCUGCAUAUGGCGGCAGCUAGUGGUCAUGUUGCUGUUAUUGAAUACUUGAUUAAUAAAGGUGCCAAAAUAGACUCUAAAGAUAUGAAACACAGAACACCACUACACAGAGCUUCAGAAAAUGGACAUGGAGAGGCUGUGAAGGUGCUACUGCGAGCUGGAGCUUUCAUUUACUCCUUAGAUGAUGCCUCCCUGACACCUCUGCACUUGGCUGCAGAAAACAACCAUCAGAAUGUACUAAAGAUCCUUCUGCAGGAGGAAGGGAGGCAGUACAAAAAUAGGCACAAUUUUAUUCACAUGGCUGCUACUCAAGGUAAUAGCAAGUUGACACAACUUCUUCUAAAAAACAGAGCACCAGUUGAUGCAGUGGAUGAAAAAAAACAGACAGCUUUGCAUUAUGCGGUUUCUGGUGGGCAUUUGAAGACAGUAAAGAUCUUGCUGGAAUCUGGCGCUGGCAUUGAUUCCAGUAUUAUUGAUGCAGCAUUUGCCACAAACAAUGAGCGUAUCUUUGGUUUAUUACUGGAAUACUCCAAAGGAUUGUCUCCAGAUACUAUGGUUUCAGCUAUGUUUAAAGCUGUCACAUUGAAUCUUUUUGGAAUUAUCAAUGCUUUGAUUGAUAAAGGUACCAAUGUUAAUGCCACAAAUGACAUACAGUACACACCUUUGCUUCUAGCAGCAGAAUUAGGAAAAUCAGAAGCUGCCCAGGCACUUAUUGAAAAAGGUGCACAGCUUGAUGUUAGAACGCCAAAUAUGAGCACUGCCUUGCAUCUGGCAGUUCAAGGUGGUGAUGCAUCAGUUACGAAGUUGCUCAUAAGGAGGGGAAUGAAUAUUAAUAUUGCUGGCCCUGGAGACCAAACCCCACUUCAUCUAGCUGCUUUUCAUAACAAGCAAGAGCUGGCUGAUAUUCUAAUUGCUGCUGGUGCCAAUGUGAAUGCUGCCACCAAGGAAUUAGUCACUCCUUUGCAUAUUGCGAGCCAGAGGGGAAACCUUCAUGUUGCACAGAGCCUUUUACAUCACAAAGCUAAUGUCAGUGCUAAAGAUAAGCAAUCAAGGACACCUUUACAUCUUGCGGCUGGGGGAGGCGGAUAUGAUCUGGUACAGUUGCUUCUCAAUAACAAAGCUGACCCUAAUGCUACUGAAAAAGACAAAAAGACACCAUUACACAUUGCUGCAGCAGCUGGACAGACUGAAAUUGUGGAUGUCAUGUUAAAAAGUCAGGCCAGAUUUGCAGUUAAGGACAUGGAUGGUUGCACUCCUAUGCACUAUGCUGCAGCCACAGGCAGCACAGAUAUUGCUAAAGCCCUUCUGAAAGCAGGGAAAAAUAAAAAUGUGGAUGAUAAAAAUGUAUGGAGGAAAACUCCUUUACAUUUGGCAGCAGAACAUGGGCACAGUGAUUUGAUCAAUUUGCUUUUGCAAAACGGAGCGGUCAUAAAUGCCCUGGACAACAACAGAGAUACACCACUCCACUGUGCUUGCAAAGGAGGACAUCUGAGCUCAGUCCAAACCUUGGUUGGCUGGGUACAAGGUGGGAAAGCCAACUUACAAGCCACCAAUAGCCUUAAAAAGACUCCCCUCCAAGUUGCUGAGUCUAGUGCCACUGAUGCUCACCAGCAUAUUGCUACGUUUCUGAAAAAGAAAAUGUUCAUUACUAAGUAGAAAAAAAUAUUGUGUACAUUCCAAAAUCUUUAUUCGUGUAGGCAGAAAGGUAUUGUUUUUAAGAUUGAACAAACCAUGCACUCAUUGGUGGCAAAACUGUAAAUGAUAUUACAUUUGCCUUUAAAGGAAAACUAUAACACCAAAACA